ACCGCAGAGGUGCUUGCACAUGAAGUUUAGCACCUUUUUUCUUUUGCGAUAUCUUAGCUUCUUUUCUUGACUUUAACUCGUCACUCAGGAACCCGACCCUUUUCCUGCUCAUCUCUCCCUGAUCUCCGGAAAACAUAACCCCAAAGAAAACAAUAGCAUUACAUUUACAUACAUAUCAUUUUGGUUGCAACUGCUGCUUGUAUAGAGAACUUCAGUAAAACAAAUAGUCUCUUUCUUAAACUUCCAUGCACAGUCACAAUAGACCACACAGCUUCAUAAAAAAGAAGAACACGUGAACCAACGUUUUGUAAAUGGGGACGGCGAGAAAGCUAGUAGUAGAAGUAAUUGACGCACGGAACCUCCUUCCCAAGGACGGGCAUGGCACUUCAAGUCCUUACGUAGUUGUGGAUUUCUAUGGUCAGAGAAGGAAGACAAGGACGGUGACUCGUGAUCUGAGCCCCAUAUGGAACGAAAUGCUGGAAUUCAACGUUGGAAAACCUUCAGAUGUUUUCGGUGACGUGCUCGAGCUCGACGUGUAUCAUGACAAAUUAAUUGGCCCCACAACCAGGAAUAAUUUCCUCGGAAGGGUCAAGUUGAGCGCUAGGCAGUUUGUCAAGAAAGGGGAAGAGGCAUUGAUCUAUUACCCUUUGGAGAAGAAAAAUUUGCUCAGUUGGAUUUCCGGUGAAAUCGGUUUGAAAAUUUAUUUCGUCGAAGAAGUUGUUCCUCCACCAGCUCCACCGCCUCCUCCACCUGAAGAAGUCAAAGCGGAGCCCGAGCCAGCACCACCCGCGGAGUCUACUCCACCGCCAUCAGAAGCUGCACCGGAAGGUGAGAAGCCACCGGCUGAAGAAGCGGCGCCACCAGUACCGGAAAAUCCUACUACCCUAGAAGCUGAGCCUGAACUAGAAAAGUAUGACAAAGAAGGGAGUAGUGUUCUAAUGGAUCCUCCACCACCACCAGAAUUGCCAGUACAAGAGGAUGAAUUCAAUCAGGUGAAAAGAUCUGCAUCAUUAGGAUCUAUACCCGAAGUAAAGGUCUGCAAUAUUGCUGGUCCUAGGCCAAUUAGCCGUGCUUCAUCAGUUAGCAGCUUCAUCUCUGAUGCUGCAUCGGACAGAUCAGGUCCGAUCGAACGGUCCUCAUUUGAUCUUGUAGAGAAAAUGCAUUACCUCUUUAUUCGAGUGGUAAAAGCUCGAUCGCUUCCCACAGUUGGCAGCCCCGUCGUGAAAAUUGCUGUUUCCGGCAGCCAUGUUGUAUCAAAGCCAGCCCGGAAAACAGUGUUGUUUGAGUGGGACCAAACUUUUGCUUUCGGUCGAGAGGCACCUGAUUCCUCCUCCCUGUUGGAAAUCUCGGUAUGGGACCCUUUAAGUGCCAAGUCAUUCGAUCCUACAUCCGACGUGGCAGGGCAUGUGUUUCUUGGUGGAAUUUGCUUUGAUGUGAGUGAGAUCCCCCUAAGGGAUCCACCUGAUAGUCCUUUGGCUCCUCAAUGGUAUAGGCUUGAAGGAGGUGGGGCUCAUAGAGGUGAUCUAAUGCUUGCCACUUGGGUCGGGACUCAAGCUGAUGAAUCAUUUCCUGAAGCCUGGAAGACAGACACUGCCAGUAAUCCUGGUUCUAAAUCUAAGGUAUACCAAUCUCCUAAAUUGUGGUAUUUGAGAUCAUCUGUGAUAGAGGCACAAGACAUUUCUCAAUUGACACAUUCAAAGGAGUCAACGUAUCAGAUUAAAGCCCAAUUAGGAUUCCAAGUCCAAAAGACAAAAGCCAUCACCACAACUACUGGAUCUCCAUCUUGGAAUGAAGACUUGGUCUUUGUAGCAGCUGAGCCAUUUACUGAGCACUACUUGCUAUUUUGCCUAAUAGAAACCAGGCUAGGGAAAGAGCAAACCGUUCUUGCAGUUGCUAGCAUACCACUCACCACAAUCGAACGUCGAGUCGAUGACCGUAAGGUGGCUUCUAGAUGGUUCACAUUUGAAGAUCCUAAUGAAGAGAAGAGAAUUUACAAAGGCAGAGUCCACUUGCGCCUUUGUUUUGAUGGUGGAUAUCAUGUGAUGGACGAAGCAGUCCAUGUUUGUAGCGAUUAUCGUCCAACCGCAAGGCAACUUUGGAAAGCACCAAUUGGGACUGUUGAAUUGGGGGUUAUUGGAUGCAAGAACUUGUUGCCCAUGAAAACAAUGAAAGGUAAGGGGUCUACAGAUGCUUAUGCAGUGGCCAAGUAUGGGAACAAGUGGGUACGCACUCGUACCAUAUCUGAUAGUUUAGAACCUAGGUGGAAUGAGCAGUACACUUGGAGAGUUUACGAUCCAUCCACUGUCUUGACUAUCGGAGUAUUCGAUAGCUGGGAAGUAUUCGAAUCAGAUGGGUACGGAAAGGAGACAUUAAUGAGGCCAGAUUUUCGAAUUGGUAAGGUGCGUGUGCGUAUUUCUACAUUGACAACAGGUAAAGUGUACAAGAAUACUUUCCCAUUACUUUUGUUAUCACACGCUGGUUUGAAGAAAAUGGGGGAGAUUGAAUUAGCAGUGAGAUUUAUACGUGCUACACCAACGCUUGAUUUCUUACAUGUCUAUUCACAACCAUUGCUACCGAUGAUGCAUCAUGUAAAGCCACUUGGCAUGGUUCAACAAGAGAGUUUAAGGAGUGCAGCUGUCAAAAUAGUAGCGAGCCACUUGACAAGAUCGGAGCCACCUCUUAGGCGUGAGGUUGUGACUUACAUGCUUGAUGCCGAUUCACAUUCAUUCAGCAUGCGAAAAGUUCGUGCAAAUUGGUUCAGAAUCAUUAAUGUAAUCGCUGGGGUAAUUGACAUUGUCAAAUGGGUUGAUGACACACGUGGUUGGAAAAAUCCAACUGCAACCUUACUAGUACAUGCAUUGUUGGUGAUGCUUGUGUGGUUCCCUGACUUGAUCAUCCCCACAUUCGCGUUCUAUGUGUUUGUGAUCGGUGCGUGGAAUUACAGGUUCAGAUCUCGAGACACUCUACCGCACUUUGAUCCAAAGAUGUCACUGGUAGCAGAUCAGUCACUUGAUAGAGAUGAGCUUGAUGAAGAGUUUGAUGCAUUGCCUUGCAGUAGACCAAAUGAAUUGGUACGAGCCAGGUAUGAUAAACUGCGCAUGCUUGGUGCCCGGGUUCAGACAAUCUUGGGAGAUGUUGCAACGCAAGGGGAGCGAGUGCAAGCAUUGGUAACAUGGCGUGACCCUCGAGCCACAGGGAUAUUUAUUGGGUUGUGCUUUGUGGUGGCAUUCAUUUUGUACUUGGCACCGUCUAAAAUGGUGGCUAUGGCUUUUGGUUUCUACUAUCUUCGUCAUCCCAUAUUUAGGGAUAGAAUGCCCUCCCCGGCUUUGAAUUUCUUCAGAAGGCUGCCUUCAUUUUCAGACCGAAUGCUCUAGCUAGCUGGUUCAAUUUAUUAGUAUGAAUAAUAAUGUGUGUAUCUUGCUGCGGAACGUUUGAUGGAGUUUGUUUGUAAUACUUCUGAUUUGUGUUGCAUAUGCUAUUGAGAACGAAAUUCUCUUUUCUA